AUAAAAUCAGGGCUGGCUUUGCCGAUACGCUAGUUCAGUAGUUGUCUUCCCGUGGAGGGAAGCAAUCGAUCUCGGAGAGCCAAAGCUAGCUGCAGCAUUCCGGCCUGGCUUUUGCAGUUUUGGGGGAAAUAAAAUUUCCAUUCCGUCUGAUAGGAUCUCAGUGUACAACUGGGCUUGCGAGUACGAGUAUCAGCGUCGCAGUUGUGCGUACUACGGAAUACACGAUUCCUUCAGUUUCUCUCGUCUGCUCGGCUGCGUUGUCGAAACUGAGCAACAUCGGGAGCGGAGCGUUGGACGUUGGCGAUCGAUAGGUGACGAUGGAAGUGUUUAGCGUGCUGCUAAGCGUACUCUCCCUGGCCUUGCUUGCUCCUGCCUGCUCUGCUCAAGGCAGCAGCAGCUCAACAACUAGUCCACUCGUUGCUAGCUUUUCCGGACGGUCGUCGCUGGAUCACAAGUUGCUAAGCAACGCGGUACCGGGAGCCAGCACACGCCUAUUUCAAUUCACGUUUCGCACGGCUAGCGAUGGCACCGGUGCACUGCCCAUGCCAGUUCUCAGCGUUCACGAUUCGUCGGGAAAUCAUCUUGUUGUGCAGCUGACAGCUCAGCGGACUGUCCGGGUGACUUUUGACGGAGCCGCCGUCGAGAGCAACGCACUUAACCGGACAUCGUCAUGGUCGCAAGUGAACAUCACUGUGUCGGCGGCCACGCUGGUUCUGUCCGUGCAGGGAUUAAUUUCACAGCAGCGCAGUGCACCUCGCCUGGGCACAGCUCUACUUGACGAUACAGUCGAUGCCCUCAUCGGCGGUAACGGCAGUGAGCACUUUGUCGGCUGCUUACGGUCGGUCGUCAUCGACGACCAGAGUGUAUUGGACCAGUUCUACUCCGGGCGGCGUGGCGCUCUGAUUGAGCUGAACGAGGUCUACUUUAGUUCGACUUGCGAGGAUCGGCUGCUGUCAUGUCCCAAGGCGGACUCGCUUGAAAGAGACGGCCUUCUACUGGUGAACGAGCAGUCGGCCAUAUCGGUAGACUCCAUGUUUGACAUCUCCAGCGAGGCGCUGAUCAGGUUCACGUUCCGCAGCCUGCAGCCGAUGACGACGCUGUGCAGCGCCAAGGGACCGCGACAUCAGCUCAGCGUCAUCGUCGAUCACAAGCAGAUCUGCGUCAUGUCCGCGACCGUCGACACCACCCUCGACCUCAUCUGCACCGAGGGACUCGACUCUACGGUGGGCGCACACGACGUAGUCGUCAGCAAGGUCGGCAAACUAGUGACGCUCGUCGUCAACGGGCACUACAUCAACCGGCUGGAGCUGACGGCGCCGAUCCGAGACUUUGGCAGUUCGUUCACGUUUGGGCGCACCACCACUGCCUGCAACUAUACGCGUUCUGGACCGUUUUUUCCCAAUAUGCAAGGGUGUCUGGCGAACGUUGAGCUCAACGGCUUCUGUCUGAGGAAAGUCUCAGAUUUCACAUGUAACACGAGGGACGCAAAUGCUGCCAUUUUCCAAGGCUGCCUGCACAACUUCUGCGAUAUCGACGGUCUAUGCAACAUCGGUGUGUGCACAGUACAUUUGACCGGGUUCUACUGCGACUGCUUCGGCACACCGUACACAGGAGCCAGCUGUGCUGAAGAGGGUCUCACCGUCACGACCUGGGGCAAUGGAACUGGAUUCGCCUACGACUUCCCCCCUUCCGAGUGGGCUGGAGAUAGCAGCCUGCAACCUGGGGCCGGUGCAACCCCAACUGACAGCGGGGCGGUUACAACCCCAACUGCCGGCCCCGUCGUUGCUACUCCCUUGUUUGAGUUAUUCUUCUUCUAUCGCGCAUGGGAGGCGAAUGGAGAUCGAGUCAUGCUGGCGCAGUUCUGGAACGACGAACCAAAUCCGUUCCUCAUUAUUCACCAGGCCAAUAGCAGCAUUGAAGUCGCCUGGAAACUCACACGGUUUGUUCCCGACUGGUCGCACGAUGUUCUCAACGUGCCGGGCCUGGGCAUGGACUUUGACUACGUCAAGAUAAGUUUGAGAAUCGCCAAGGCAACGAACGCCUACGUCUAUAACCUUGCCGUGACCCCGGAAGGCAAGAAACCGGUUGCAACUUCUUUCAGCGAAUUCAUCGCCGUAAACGUGAGCCGAGUGGAGUUUGCACAGUUCACGGUGAAUGAUGUUAACCGGCAAGAGACACUGGCCUCCACGUCGCUAAGAGGUCACAUCCGCUCCGUAGCCGCCGUGAUCAAGGAGCGCAUUGACGUUCUCGGACGCGUCCUGAAUAACGACAACGGAACAUCUUCGACGGCGUAUCCUCACGAGAUGCCCUUCAGUAACUACACCACGCUGCUCAGCACGGAGCAAGUGCACAAGGUCUUCCAGCGAGCGCUCGACAUCGAGGAGAUCGCGUUCCGCUUCCGCACGCGCCAGCUGGAGGACAGUCUGCUGCUGAACGCGGACAAGGUGAUCGUGAUGUUGCGCAAGCGUGAUAUCCACGUGGUGAUGCGACCGCAUAUUGACGAGCCGCAGGGCGAGGUGAUCCUGCCCGUCAAGACACGCAGCCGGAUGACCGAUGGCGAGUGGCAUCAGUUCAGAAUCCAAGUCGGUCAGGGUCACGGAGAGCCACAUUAUGUGGUCACCGUGACGAUAGAUGAUUGGGUUGCCACGACGGAGGUUCCGUUCAACAGCAUUUCCAACGUACGUACCUUCGAAGUGCAUCUGGGUGGCACCAACGCUGAUAACCUGAAGCACUUGCCAGUGAGUUCUGGCUUCAAGGGGUGCGUGGAGGACUUCUGGAUCAAUCGCGAUUACAAGGAUCUGUACGCACUUGAAACUCUCGGCUCGACGUCGAGCAAUGACGUCAAGGACUACUGCCCAAGCUGCAAGCCCAUCAGUCCGUGUCGUCGUGGACAGUGCGUGGAGCAUGUCGACAACCUGACGUACUCCUGUGACUGCUCCGGCACAGGCUACACUGGUCCCCUCUGUCUGCAAGAGGAGUCCACGGCCACGCUCUUCAACAACGCCACCUCGUACAUAGCCAAGAGUCAGCUGACCGGCGAGCAGGCCAGCUCCAAGCAGCUGCGCUUCUACUUCCGCGUGUGGGAGGCCAAGGAGGAGGUGCGUGUGUUCACGCAGAGCGGCGGCGCUAAUGGCGGCAGCCCGCUUCUCGUGCUGUCCGUGGACGACACAGACAUUGUGGUGCGUGCACUAUCACUAGGUGCCGUCGCAACACACCGCGUCGCGUUUCCGGACGUGAAGCGAGUGUUCGAGUACAUCCACGUGCUGAUGACAUACACGCCCUCAUCGCUGCCUCAGAGCACCGGUGAACAGCAGACCUCGCCGUCCGGCGGUACCGUCAACAUCACCAUCGGUUACGGCGCCGCGCGCAAGUCGGUCGUCGUGACGAUGGACAGCUUCGCGACGGACGCGGUCACGUUUGGAACGCGCACCGAGUACGCCGCCGAUCCUCCCAGCAAGGGCUUCCAGGGUCAUCUGCGAGGGGUGCGCUACAACGGGCGCAACGUCUUCCCGCAGCACAUCCGCGGCAAUGCCCAGGUGUCGCUGGUCAACGGCGAGCUACAGGAGCUGGCAUUUGACAACUACGCCGUCAGCUUCAAGUCGCCCGGCGUGCACAAGGAAAUGGGCUUCGGCAUUCCCGUCGCCGACUACACGUUCAAGGUACGCAAGGCGUCCGGUAACGCCGUCCUGGUCGACAUCAACGGCGGCGACUUUGGAUCCGUCACGCUGGUUCAUCAGGAUGGUAACUAUGUGCUGAUAAUACGCGAGUACGCGUCCUCGUCGAUCAACCAGACUAUCUCUGUUGUGCCCACGGUUGCCGUGCCAACCGUUUCCGCGGUGAUCAAUCGCGAGGUGCGGCGCAGACGCCAGGCGCUGGCGGCGGCUGCCGACAGUGGUGAUGGUGGAGUGCUGCGUAAUCCGUGGACGCGCGUGCGUGUGUCUAUCAACGGGACGCUAGCGCUGGCCGGGUUGUACAUUGACGAUCGCCUGGUGGCCAGCUUGCAACUACCCACCGGAAUAGACCUGACGGAACUGCUGACAAUGACCGUCGGUGGUGCUAGUCCGGAGCGACUGCGUGAGAUCGACCUGGUCGACGUGGGCAUGCAGGGCUGUGUCGAGGAGCUGUGGGUGAACAACGACUACGUGGACCUGCCCGGCGCAACCACCCGCGGUGCAAGCCUCACUUCCCCGGGCGCUGCAGGGCCGGACGGUGGCAACGACACGUGCACGGCGUGUCAGCCGGAGUCGCUCUGUCAGAACGGCGGCGUCUGUCUGGCCAAGCUGUCCUCCACCGCCGCCGGUGGCGCCGGCGAUGAGUUUGAGUGUCUGUGUAACUUGACCGGCUUCGGCGGGCCACUCUGCGAGAUUGCACCAACAUCGCCGCCAACAACUACCCCCACAACGACACCGACCACUACGCCGACCACGACGCCAACAACAACCCCGACGACCACACCAACCACCACUCCCACUACCACCCCGACGACCACACCAACUACAACCCCGACGACCACACCAACUACAACCCCGACGACCACACCAACUACAACCCCGACGACCACACCAACUACAACUCCGACGACCACACCAACCACCACCCCGACAACAACUCCCACCACCACUCCAACAACCACACCCACUACCACACCCACCACCACACCAACCACCACACCCACUACUACUCCGACGACCACACCAACCACCACCCCGACAACAACUCCCACCACCACUCCAACAACCACACCCACUACCACACCAACCGCUGCCACACCAACACGUGCACAGCAGCCAAUCACGAGCACGGCAGGGCCUGCGGUGCACGUGUCGACCCGAUCGCCCAGCUCUCGCCGGCCAACAGCCGGUGGUCCGGGCGGAGACGACGACGACACUGGUGAUCUGUCACUGCUGUGGCUGCUGCUUCUACUCAUCCCCUGUUGUAUCCUGCUAGCAGCCAUUAUCAUCUGGGCAAUUUACAAGUACCACUACCGCUUCACCGGGAAGUAUGUCAUCGGUCAAGCAUUAUAGGUGAACCGACCGUCGAAGCAAGCAGGAUUAUUCCAAAGUGUCUGCUGGAACCCCGGCACAAUGCUCAUGUGUGACAUGUGCUAUGUGGCGCCUAUCUGCCGUUGGGAAUGAAACCGACGUCUGUGGUAUUUCUGACUGUACGUGCUGGGGAUAGAGCGACUUGAGACCAAACCGAUUUAAAACGUGCGUGAUUUCUUAUUUUCUUGUUGUCCGUCGUGAUGCGCAAGAAGCGGCAGUAUAUGUACAUGGAGACCAUUAUUAAAUUUUGUUUAGGCGUUCAUUGCUCACUGCUGCAAAGCCGUGCUGAGUGGAUUGGGCCCGUUCUUUCAGUGGCUCAUGUCGUGCCGUGCCCACGGUGGCAGGCCUACCUCGUGCCUGUUCCUCUGAUGGUUCCGGUCGGCAGAAUCCGCUGUAUGCUCCUGUCCUGGCGCUCGAUUGGGGCAAAUGUGUAGAUCUGAGCGUGCUCAUGGAACGCACAGACAUGCCAGAUCCUGUACUCCUGGCUAUACAGUUGUCGGUGUCAUCUUCCUUACAUACUUUAAUUUCCUUUAUAGCGGGCUGGUUUCCCUCUAAACAAUCAUGUGUGCAGUGUGAACUUUACUUUUUUCGAACUUUCUAUCCUAUUAGCCUCGUACUAUGGAGUAGGCCGAAACAUUGCCGUUUCGUUUGCUGCCGAAGAAUAUAGAACAUGUCAGAAACACACCGAUCCACGGUGUUUAUACUCUUGAUGGUAUAUUUCGGGUCCUUCGCUUUUUUAAAGACCUUCAUUCCUUUUAGGCUCUUACUGUGACUCUAUUUUGGUCGACCCAUGGCAAACUGAUGCAGAAAUGUUUUUAAAUAAUUUUUCACCAUGUACCGAGAGAGAGAGA